CGCUGAAGCGAAGGAAACCUUCCACAUGGACCAGAACAAGAUUUAUCUGGACUACAAUGCAACAACUCCCUUGGAACCAGAUGUCCUUGGGGCCAUUUCUACAGCACUGUCUGAGGCAUGGGGUAAUCCAAGUAGCUCCCAUGAUGCAGGUGUAAAGGCCAAAGCAGUAAUUGAUGGUGCCAGGACCAAUAUAGCCACAAUGGUGGGAGCCAAGUCCUCAGACAUUCUUUUCACAUCAGGAGGAACAGAGGCAAACAACAUGAUCCUACAGACAGCUCUCAAACAUUUCCACCUCUGUCAUGAAAUCACUAACGGGACUGAUUCCAGUAGGGGAGAUAACUCUGACCAGCUGCCACACUUCAUCACCUCUAAUAUGGAACAUGACUCUGUAAAACUUGUACUGGAGAACCUGGCUGAGGAGGGAAUUGCUAGUGUGACAUUUGUACCUGCCUCCCAGAAAACUGGUUGUGUUAUGAAAGAGGAUGUGAUAGCUGCAGUCCGUCCAUCUACUUGUAUGAUCACCAUUAUGUUAGCUAACAAUGAGACAGGUGUGAUACAGCCAAUAAAGGAGAUAUUUGAGAGUAUCCGCCACAUCAAUUUGAGUCGUAAGAACAUGCCUCGCAUCCUGCUGCACACAGAUGCAGCCCAAGCUAUUGGUAAGAUAGAGGUUGACGUUGUGGAGCUGGAUGUGGAUUAUCUCACCAUUGUGGGCCACAAGUUCUAUGGCCCACGGAUUGGAGCUGUGUAUGUGAGAAAUCUUGGCAGUAAAGAGGUACCUCUGUAUCCUAUGUUGUAUGGAGGGGGACAGGAGCGGAACUUUAGGCCAGGGACCGAAAACACUGGUAUGAUAGCAGGCCUGGGAAAGGCUGCGGAGUUAGUGGCACAGUAUCUAGACAACUACAGGAAACACAUGGCUACAGUGAGAGACUAUCUAGAGACACGCCUCCAGGAUGUGUUUGGGGACCGAAUUCAUAUCAAUGGGAAGUUUGUUACCAGUGAACGUCUCCCUAAUACGUGUAAUGUGUCCAUCUUAGGACACGGAUUAUUUGGUCACAUGGUGUUGUCUCACUGCGACAGACUGCAGGCUAGCGUUGGGGCAGCGUGCCAUGCCCAGAACAGACCGUCGCACAUACUGCUGGCUAUUGGUAUUCCCGAGUCUGUGGCCAGAAAUGCACUUAGACUAUCAGUAGGAAGGGAGACAACUCUAGCCGAUAUUGACGCCAUCAUUGAGGACCUGAAACAAUCUGUGGAAUUCAUCGAAAAUGACUCCCAUACUACCGAAGCUAUCACUUGCUGAGGGAGAAAACCAUUCAUACAUAUUUAUUUUCAUUUGCAGCAAAUCAAAAUUUAGUCAUUUUUAAUUUCAUAAACUUAAAUCUUUGAUUUUUAGAUCAUUUUGUAUGUGAUGCUUUAGGCUAAAAUUGGUUGAUUAUAAUCAUAUUUAUAAGCUAAUUUUUGGUAUAUUGUUGUAUUGUAAAUAUUUUCAAAGGAUAAUGAAACAAAAUUAACCAAUUGUUCCUUGUUUCAUAUAAAAAGUGCUAGAGUACAUAGAAAGUAAUUACCAUUGGCAUUCUGCACAGGAAGGAUCAUUGCUUGGUGCAUUCGUGUCUUACAGACUCUGUAGUUUGCUAAUUUCAAUCUUUUUGUAUGUGAAAAUCAAUAUAUCAGUUAAAUGAAAUAAGAUAAUAUCAGUCUAGUUUACUGUCUGUACAAACAGUAAUAUCACAUAUCUUACCAGGAUACUGCCAGACUUCUUGGUUGUGAUGUGUAUACAUCAAUAGUUUACACAACUCCAUAUCUCAGUACAUAUCUGAAAUAGCAUUUUCAUGGAAUGAGGAAACUUUUCUGGGAUGAACUUUUCCACCAGAAACUAUAGUAUGGUAUUAAAUCUAUACUUAGAAAAUUAUACUUGUGACGUUUCUGAAUGCAUUAUGAUAUAAUUGUUACAAUAUUUAUUUUAUUAAAAUGUACAACAUCAUUGUAUUGUAACUUCCCACCGAUGCUCAUUAUGUGUGGUCACAUUCCAUUAAUUUAAACCCCUCCAUGUAUGUUGAUAUUGUUAUGCAUGUUUAUCUUUGUAGGAUUCUUUAUUACAUAUUGUGUCAUAUAUAACUAGAUAUUUUGUUGAAGUAAAACAAUGAGAUGUUAAAUGGUAGGCUUGCCAUGACCUUUAUAGCUGGAUAUAUUACCUCCCCUGAUCGGGUGGAUCUGUCCUUAAAAGCUGAAUAUAUU